UAACCCCAGCCAGCCCGGUGGGGGUGGGAUGGCUCCAGGCUCUGGUGGCAUGCAUCAGGGCGUCUCACAGCAGGCGGGCAGACACAACAGUCCCAGCAACAACCUUCCCAGAUGCCCCACUACCAGGGAGGGGCAGUCGGAGGAAUGCAACAAACUGGCUUUCCAGGUCCUCCGGGAGGGGGUGGAAACAUGACCCCUCAGCCCCAGACUGGUGGCAUGCCCGUGGGUCCCCAGGGGGGUCCAAACCAGAUGCACGGCAUGCAGCAGCAGGGCGGGGGCCAGAUGGGCAUGCCCCAGAACAACAUGUCCCAGAACAACAUGAUGCCACAGCAGCAGAUGAACCAGAUGGUAAGACCACAGCAGAACUUUCAGAAUACUAUGGUGAUGCAGGGCCAAAAGCCCCAGGCCCCGAUCCCGCCCCGGGCUCAAGUACCCCGCUCUUACCCGGUCCAGUCCACCCCGCCCAUACAGUCCAGGGCACCUAUGUCUCCUUAUGGUGGCUAUCCCUACAUGAUGUCCCCUCAGUCUGUCGUGACAGAUUCCCCGGUGUAUAGACAGCAGCCGUCACCAGCUCAGCCAACUCAGCAGGGAUCAGCUCCAGGAUCCAACGCCAUGCAUUCCCCAGCCAGCUAUUUACAACCAUCACCCUCCCCUCAGGGCCUCUCCAUCCCCUCCCCAGCAAGUGCAGGCUCCCAGAGAGGAGGCCCUCCCAGUGUACCUUCCCCCAGCAGCACACUCAAUACACCAGGUAAUCCAGCAUCAGUGGGGAGCAUCAACCCCAGCCCCGGGGGAGGAAUGAGAGGUGGACCGGGGUCCAACCAGGGCCAGGCAGAGCUGAUUGCCUACCAGGAGAAGAUGAGGUUCCUCUCAAAGUACAUUGAACCCUUGAAGAAGACCAUCCUGGCCAACAGCAACAGAGAGGAGUCCGGUGGACUCAGCGCAACCGAUGUAAAUAAGAUGAAGGGUCUGCUGGAGAUCAUUGCCAACCCCAACCCUAACAAGAGGCUCACUCUCCAGCAGCUCACCAAGUGUGAACAGUACCUGGAGGGCUUUGAGCAGGUGAGGAAUCAACUCGCAACCUCUAACUCAACCUCCGCUGCAGGGACAUCGACAACAGCCACGUCCGCCAGCGCGACGUCGACAUUGGACACGAGGAUCAUGGGGAAGACGAACAUGUUCCAGCCCCUCUUGGACGCUGUGAAGGCCAACAUCGAUUCCCCUUACAUCAACCACACCCUCCAGAGGACGUUUGGCCCCGCCCUGACGACCCUGCAAGGGAACCCAUCCCAUUUCCCAUCCCCGCCUGCCAAGAAGUUGAAGACAGAGCAUGACCGUAGCCCGACCACUCAGACCGCUAUCCCUAACAUCAUCCAAGGGGAGGUGGCCCGUCUUGCCCCUAAGUUCCGAGUGAACCUUGACCCCAUGUUCCACACCAGUAGCAAGGAUGUCCAUCUCAUUUGCAGACUAGAUGACAAGCAUCUGCCGAGUGUUCCUCCAAUCAACGUUGCCAUACCAGAGCAGUAUCCAGAACUCAGUCCAAACUAUGACGUCUCGCAACAAGAAUAUGGUCAAACCCCUUUCCUGAAGCUAGUCCAAGCAGCCCUUCAAAACCAAGUCAUGCGCAUGCCUGACCGCUACACCCUCACACAGAUCCUCGAUGCCUGGGAGAUGAGCGUCAGGAAGUCCUGCCUCAAGAUGAUCGCUGCAAGAGAUGCAACAUGAACAGAUAUUCCUCAGAUGGACAGGAUGAAAGUUUAAUGGACUGGAAGUUUUGGGGGCAGGCAGAUUGGUGCUUUGUAUGCCAGGACUGAGACAGGAAUACUGAGAAGAGGAUGUUUUAUUUGCAAAAGAAGGACUGAGGUGCUAUGGAUUUGUGAGAAGUGGAUUUGAGCUCGUUGUAACAAAGUCUUGCCUCUAGAUGAUCGCCGUGAGAGAUGCGUCAUGAGCAGAUAGCUUCAGGACGUCAAGGACAAACGUGUAAUGGCCUGGAAAAUGAGUGAGAUGAACGGGUCGAAAUGCAUUAGAGUAACAACCAGAAUGCCAGGAAGAGGUUGUCUUGUUUGAUGAAGAAGAUGCGUUGAAUUUGUUCGACAAGAAGAUGAGCGUAAGAUAGGAGGUUAAUCCUCAACGAUUGCUGCGAGAUAUACAACAUGAACGCCGGCAGAUGGCUCUACAUGUUUCCGUUCAAGGACAGAGGUUUAAUGAACUGGAAAAGUUGCGAGACAGGCAGAUUUGAGUAUAUUGUAUACUUGAGAAGUGACAAGAAUCCUAGAGGAGGUUCCGUGAAAGAGCCUAGAGUUGCAAUGAACUUGUUAGACAAGGAGGGGAUUAUAAGAGAGUCAUGCCUUGAGAUAAUCGCU